AAUCGGAUUGCCUUUCUCCGACCCACAUUUUGAUUUUGAUUAGUGGUCUCCUGUCCUCUCUUCUCCUCCUACCUUCCCUACCUGCUUCGUGCCUCCUUUCUGUUCCCAGAGCGCAGACCCACUCUCUCUCUCUCUCUCUCUCUCUCUCUACGAGCAUCCCGUUGAACACCACGUGAGACAAGAAUCAACGGCCAUUGUCUCUUCCUAUUAACGCCUGUCAUCGUCACUGUAUUAGGGGAAAGAAAAACCAAUAAAUAAAGAAAGAAAGAAAGACAUCUCUGCUUUGCUUUGUCCCUGUUGAAGACUUUCCCCGUUCAUACGCCAUCAACUGUUCAUAAACCAUUCACAGAGACGGGGAAAGAGAGAGAGAGAGAGAGACGCAGAUAGAAGGGGGGGCAAAGGAGGGAUUUUGUGAAGAAAUCGAGACAGGAGAAAGAGGCAAAGGAAGAGGGCAAAACAACCGUUACGAGGUUGUCGUCGUUCUGCUUUGAUUCUGAGGGGCCCUGCUGGUUUUCCUUCGAUGCCUUCGCCCUGUAGCGAUGGAAGAUGAUGAAGAAGAGGAUCGAAGAGAUUCUUCUGUUGAUGUGGCUUUGUCAUACAUAAUAGCCAAGGAUUGUAGAUUUCCCUGAUCACAAUGGGAACAGAACAGAUGUUACAGAGGAACGUGAAGCCCCUCUUAGUCAAAUUUGGGUUGGCUCUGGCUUUCUCUCUCGCUGGGUUUCUCUUCUCUCGCCUCCGAACCAGACGGGUCGACCCGAAUCUUCCUCCUUCCUCCCCUGCUGCUUCAGGUAACGGUGAUGGUAAUGAAGUUCGUUCGGAGGGACAAAGGGCUGCCUCCGGAGAUGAUCUCCAUACACCACCAUCGAGACACAGUCCUCGUGUCACAUUAACUACAGCAGAAAAACAUGAUGAAAUAUACCGUCAAAGACCCAGCUCUGAUAUUUCCACCACGGGCCAAUCUCCGAGCAGUGGCCGGUCAGGGGACAGAGAGGGUUACCUUUUGCCAGAGUUCAACGAUCUCGUGAGAGAACUGGAUUUUUCAGGCUCAGGAAUUUCUCCUAAGAAAGAGAGUGAAACCCCCCGAUCCGAUCUAGACACUCCAAAAUCUUUUGUUACCUCCGAAAGGGACGUUUACGAGCAAGAGAUCAAGCACCUGAGGAACAUGGUCAGAAUGCUCAAGGAGAGGGAGAGGAAUCUGGAGGUCCAGUUGCUCGAAUACUACGGGCUGAAGGAACAAGAAGCUGCUGUCAUGGAGCUCCAGAAUCGAUUGAAGAUAAACAACAUGGAGGCGAAGUUUUUGUGCCUAAAGAUUGAAUCUCUACAGGCAGAUAAUCGGAGAUUGGAGGCCCAAGUGGCUGAUCACGCAAAAGUUGUGGCUGAUCUUGAAGCUGCAAGGUCGAAAAUCAGGAUGUUGAAAAAGAAGCUGAGAUCUGAAGCUGAGCAGAACAGGGAACAGAUAUUGAUGCUCCAGAAGAGGGUUGAGAAAUUACAAGAACAGGAACGGGAUUCUGCGAAGCACGAUCUCGAGGUCCACUCGAACUUGCUCAAGUUGAAGCAGUUAGAGCAUGAGGUUGAAGAGCUGAGGAGCUCAAAUUUGAGGUUGCAGCUGGAAAAUUCUGAGCUUUCUCAGAGGUUGGAAUCCACACAGAUACUCGCAAACUGCAUUUUGGAGGAUCCUGAGGCAGAAGCCCUGAAGAGGCAGAGUGAACUUCUCAGGCGAGAGAACGAAUCCCUAACCAAAGAAGUCGAGCAGCUGCAGGCUGACCGAUGCACCGAUGUCGAGGAACUGGUCUAUCUCCGGUGGAUAAAUGCUUGCCUCCGCUACGAGCUCCGCAAUUAUCAGCCCCCGGCCGGUAAAACUGCUGCUAGAGACCUCAGCAAGACCCUGAGCCCCAAGUCUGAGGAGAAGGCCAAGCAGCUCAUCCUCGAGUACGCUGAUGGAACAACUGAGAAAGCGCUUCCAAUGGGGUCCCUCGACUUUGACUCUGAUCAAUGGUCCUCAUCCCAGGCAUCGUUCCUCACAGACUCAGGGGAGCUCGAUGACUCUUCAUUUGCGAACUCCUCCACCAGCAAGGUGCAUAGCCCAAGGAAGAGCAAACUGUUUGGGAAGCUCCGGAAGCUUAUCCUCGGGAAAGAGGGCCAUGAAGAUCAUAGUGUUAGUAAUAGCAACCGGAUCUCUUCGUUGGAAAGGAUUGAGGUCUUUGAAUCAGGGACUGGAUCUUGUUGCGAUUCUCCUAGGUGUGACUCAAGCUCGAUGAUGGAUAACCGAAGCAUGACCCCAAGCUGCUUGGGCUCGUCUAGGCACUCACUCGACUUACAGAGACUGAGGAGCCUGAAGUUGGAUGAUGUCAAGGACUUGGAGCGGAAUCGGAGGAACAGUGAUGGGGGUUCCACCUCAUAUAGUAAGUUUGCAGAAGACAGCCAACUGAACAAUGAGGAAGCAGACUCAUUUGAGAAGAACGAGCUGGUGAAGUAUGCCAAGGCUCUCAAGGAUUCUCGAGGCAGGACCAGCAAAGUCCACAGGAAAUCGGCUUCUAUGAGUGCUUGCCUUUGAGUCAAUCCAAGUCAUGGCCUUUAGGUAUACAUCUUUUAAUCCAUAGGUUAGGAAACAGAAAAAUGAGGUACUGAUCGUUUCUCCAAAUUUUUAAUGGAUAGCAAUUCGCUAUAGGCCGAUUUUGCAGAAUAAGAAUAACUGGAGUUGAUGAUUUAGGUACCAUACGUGAUGCAGCCACAGUUACUGUAUAAAAGAAUCGCAGAAACUGUCACAUUCUCUCAUAUUGCAGUUUUGUAAAUAACAUAUAGGAUUUGCGUAGCUUCUGCUAACCAUCUUAUUUGUUUUAACUUC